AAACAGCCAUCACGCCGUGUUGUCUUCUCUCCCUCUCUUUCCAUUCCCGUUUUCCUGCCGCUGUUUUCCUCAUUCGCCUGCGGCUGAUCUGUUUCGUGGAAGAUAUGGCGAUCGAGAAGAUUAAGGUUACAAGUCCGAUUGUGGAGAUGGAUGGUGAUGAGAUGACUAGAGUCAUUUGGAAAUAUAUAAAAGACAAGCUUAUUCUUCCAUUCUUGGAAUUGGACAUAAAAUACUUCGAUUUGGGCCUUCCUCAUCGUGAUUCUACAGAUGAUAAAGUUACUGUGGAGAGCGCAGAAGCAACUCUUAAAUAUAACGUAGCCAUCAAAUGCGCAACAAUAACUCCUGAUGAAGCUCGCGUUAAGGAAUUCAACUUGAAAGCUAUGUGGAAAAGUCCAAAUGGAACAAUUAGAAACAUUUUGAAUGGUACUGUUUUCAGGGAGCCAAUCUUAUGCAAGAAUGUCCCAAGACUUGUUCCAGGAUGGACAAAGCCCAUUUGCAUUGGAAGGCAUGCUUUCGGUGAUCAAUAUAGAGCUACUGAUUUUGUAGUCAAAGGACCUGGGAAGCUCAAACUAGUAUUUGAGGGAAAAGAGGAACAGAUUGAUUUGGAGGUCUUCAACUUCACUGGAGAGGGCGGAGUAGCACUGUCCAUGUACAAUACUGAUGAGUCCAUCCGUGCCUUUGCCGAUGCUUCUAUGAAUACUGCUUAUCAGAAAAAGUGGCCACUAUACCUUAGCACCAAAAACACUAUUCUUAAGAAGUAUGAUGGAAGAUUCAAAGAUAUAUUCCAGGAAGUUUAUGAAUCUAAGUGGAAAUCCUUGUUUGAGGAUUCUGGAAUCUGGUAUGAACAUCGGCUAAUUGAUGAUAUGGUAGCCUAUGCGCUCAAGAGCGAAGGCGGCUACGUGUGGGCCUGCAAGAACUAUGAUGGAGAUGUGCAGAGCGAUUUCUUAGCUCAAGGAUUUGGCUCUCUUGGUCUGAUGACAUCGGUUCUUGUGUGCCCAGAUGGAAAGACAAUUGAAGCGGAGGCAGCGCAUGGCACCGUAACACGUCACUAUCGUGUUCAUCAGAAAGGUGGUGAAACUAGCACAAAUAGCAUUGCCUCGAUCUUUGCAUGGACCCGAGGAUUAGCACACAGGGCUAAACUGGACGAUAAUGCCCAACUGCUAGCCUUCACUGAAAAGCUAGAGGCUGCGUGCGUCGGGACCGUGGAGUCAGGGAAGAUGACCAAAGAUCUCGCUCUCAUCAUUCAUGGUUCAAAUUUGAAACGAGGGCAGUAUCUGAGCACAGAGGAGUUCAUUGAUGCCGUUGCAGAGGAGCUGAAAGCGAAACUAUGAAGAAAUUUAGUUGAAUAAUAAGUAAGUUAAUAUAGCAUUUGCUGCUAAUACACAUCUUUGUUUAGCAGAAGCUAAUAAUUGUAUUGCACUCUAUAUCUGAUUGGGAGGACUUUGGGAGAGAUAGGAUCAGUUUAUAUGAUUGGUUUUAGUUAACCUGACUCCAUUGAUUAUGUUGAGAUCCUUUCUAUUUUGACAGUAUUUAUAUUGUUUCGCUUCAAACUUGAGCUUUUUAACACACAUAGCGUUUGGUAACAAUCCUGAAGGUACUUCACU